AAAGAUUGUUCUCAUACCCAUUACCCACGUGGGCGGUGGGAAGGGAUGUCAAGUGAGGUACUGCAAGAUGUUCACCUGUUUCUCGCUGUCAAAUGUCAAAAAGUAAAUGGAGCUCAGUAAGCUUCAGCAAGGAGGAGGUAUGAGCAGACUGACAACCAAACCACAUGACAGCCAAAGGAUCCAUUUCUGGGGAAGAGAUGACUGCCACCUUCGGCAAAUGAACAUCCUUCAAUCUGCUAUGUCCUCUGUGGAAGAACUAGAGCAUGCUGUGGAUAGCUGCAGGAUGGAAUUAAAUGAGGUAGACGAAGUGUGGCCCAAUCUUUACAUAGGCAGCAUUGUAAUAGCACACAACAAGGAAGAACUAAGGAAAUGUGGCAUCACCCACGUAUUGAAUGCUGCACACAAUGCUUGGGGAAGCAAAGGAAGCCAAGACUUCUACGGCAAAGAAUUCCAUUAUCACGGAAUAGCAGCAGAAGACUCUGUAGACUUUGACCUAAGCACUCAUUUUCACCCUGCCUCACAAUAUAUCCACAAAGUGCUAAGCACUCCAAAAGGAAAGAUCUUAGUUCACUGCAUCUUAGGCAAAAGUAGAUCAGCAGCCUUGGUUCUGGCAUACCUCAUGAUAUACCAGAAAUUCCCCCUGGCAGAGGCUAUGGAAAGAGUUCUGCAGAAACGAGCCAUCUCCCCAAACCGAGGGUUCCUGAAACAGCUGCAAAACCUUGACCUGGAGCUACGAUACAAGAUAAACCUAUGUCGACUUUUAUAACAUGAAGAAAAGAGAGAAAAGCCAAGUGGUAACACCUCUGUGCGUGUCCACCCUAAGCUAUGCAUUAUUCAUAAGUCGUAUGUUAAUGUGGUUGUGAGG